AUGUAAUACGUUCCUUUGACUACUCAUUUAAAUGCUUUGGCUCAAUUAUAUUAGCAAUGUGCUAGUUUAUCUGAGAGAUGCGAUAAAUUGGCAAGAGGAGAGGAAAUUAUUAAUGAAGAAAAAUAAAUUCUGAUAAAUAAAGAUUAGGAGAGAAUAGAAAUUGAUUGUGACCAAGGAGUAUUGUCAACAUAGGGAAUAAAUUAAUUAAGAUAGAUUGAAUCUAAUUCAAAUACACCUAUAGAGAUAAAGUAAUUUGUAGUGAAUAACAUAGUAUAGUUGAUGAGGAAGUAGAGGAGAUUGAGAGAAAAAAAGAAAAUCCGAUAUCGAAUUAAACUAAAAAGAUAAAGAGAAUCUAAAACUAAGGGGAUGAAAAAGAAUAAUAAAUUUAGUGUUCAAAAUGCCAAUAAUUAUUUAAGAAUCAUAAAUAAAUGAAGAAACAUAUGGAAAGAUAACACAACAAUAUAUGUGUAAAGAAGAAUAAUAAAUUAUUUUAGGAAGUUAUGAUUUAAAUUUGA